AUGAACCGGCUCCCGGAAACGAAUGGCGGUAUUGUAACUUCCUGGAUCCCCAUUACGACGGCGCAUCCUCACCAACCCGGUUGCGAGAAUUUCGUCUGGAAAUGGGCAACGAACGUCAUCGCCGCGUGGGACCCGGGCUACGGAGUGUCGGUUAAGACUGAUGCUACUUGCCACCCCAAACCAGUCACGACUUGGUGGCUCCAAGACCAUCUCGGUUCAAAUCGACAGACGGUAUUCAGUCUAGGACCUGUUACGUGUCCCAGUGAUUACUAUACCGCCACGAUGUCUGCCAAAGAUGCUUCGAGCACCUAUGUGGCAUGUUGCCCAUUAGAAUACGACUUUGCCAGAUUCAAGAAACCGGGAGAUACGGGCGAGUGUACGUCGGCGCUCAAAAAGGGAAGCGUGGUCACCUAUGCUCAGAGGGAUCCCGAUUGGAAAAUCACCAGCUCCAGCGUCACGGCAGAUACGGUAGUAGCCGCGAUUCCUGUAAACGGCUGGACGUUCGCCACGCCAACUGGAUCGGCGACGAAUAGUGCGAGCAACUGCGACGCCUCCGUGGCCAAUGCGUUGGCAAAUCACGUAGCGACGGGGAAUGCCAGCUGCGUAGGGUACGAUGGAGGCGGGAUUUCAGGGGGUGCAGCAGCCGGAAUUGGCGUUGGCGUAUCUUUAGGUGUCACCGGACUCGCGGCGUUAGGCGCCGCUAUAUUCAUGAUGUACAGGACGCGGAAGCCAGCUCGGAAGAGAGCAUCGACGAGCGACAUUACCCCAUUCGCGAAUAGUAGUGGAAGGGAAGCAGGAAAGGGUAUGGAUGCCAGCGCGCAUGUCUUGCCAACCUACCCGCCCGGCCGAGAAACGCCAAGUAGCUUACCCGAGAGAUACCCUUCAUACGAAAGAGAUGCCUGGGACGCCUCGACACCGUGCUUACCACCGCCGCAGUCGUCAGACACACAUACCCACGCCAGAACAGUGCCCCACGGGGAGAUGGAGGGUUCUCCAUAUCAACAUAUAAAGGAAAGUGCGACAUCAGAAUUAGGGGCAACGCCAUCCCAAUAUACGGAUGGCAGAACGAUAGGAGCAGCAGGGUUUAUACAGUCCUCCCACUACAGUUCCGAAGAAGAGACGAGGAGGCGGGGGGAAUUAGAAGGAGAGUUUGACCGAAACGUAAAAGUAUCAUUGUCGACACCGUGGCUAGCAGCAGCCAGGCCCGUACCGCCGUCGUCAUCCGAGUCGUCAAAUUAUUGUCCCCCUCACUAA